AUGGCCCCCGCGCCGCAGACGGUCCUCGCCCUGUCGAGCACCCCACUGCCCUCGCUCCCGUCGAUCUCGCUCCUCCCCUUCUCGCUCUCGCACGACGGCCCCGCGCCCCUCUCGACCUUCUUCCUCCCGCGCCCAUUCCCCUCGACCAGCACCAGCACCACCAGCGACACGCCCGAGCAACACCGCCAGGCGACGUUCCGCGGCCGCCGCAUCGUCAGCAGCGAGCUGCGCGUCCCGGUCGGGUACCGCGGCCUCGUCUUCUCGACCUCGGCGCCGCUCCCGCCCACAACCGCGCCGGGCGACGACGAGGGCAGCACCACCACCGACCGCGCAGCCAAGCGCGCCCGCCUCGCAGCUGCGAGCGCUGCUGCGCUCGGCGCGUCGGCCUCCCCACCGCCGGACGACGACGACGACGACGAGGGGGCAGGGCGCCGCCGCUCGCCGCGCAAGGGGACCGUGGCGGCGAGUGCGGCGGCGCGCGCGAGGGCGAGGGCGGUGCAGGCUGCGCGGGCCAAGGCGGGCGCGGGCGCGGGUGCGGCGGCGAGGGGAAUCGCGAGCAGGGGCAAGGGCAAGGGCAAGGGCAAGGGGUUCUCGCUCGACAGCGACGAGGACGAGGAGGGGGAGGAGGAGGACAAGCUGGACAAGGCGGUCGAGGUGCAGGAGCGCGAGCCGCUCGUCGGGCAGGACGACGCUGCGGUGGCCGCCAUCGCCGCGCUCGCCCCUCCUCCAGCACCGCACCGCACCGCCUCGACCCUGUCGACGACGUCCUCGUCAGCGACGCUCCUCGUCUCGACGCCGCUCCCCUCUCCUCCCGCCGUCGCACAACACGCGCCCUCAGCCUCUCGCCCCACCUCCCCCUCCCCCUCCUCGCACGACCCGCUCCCCACCGCCGCGCACGCCGCGCACGACGCGCCCGACGCCCUCGCGCGCGACGAGAAGCGCCUCGUGCCCGUGUGCACCUUUGCCGCCAUCGACGUGUGGAACCCAGACUGGCCCGUGCCUGGCGCGCGCGUCGACGAGGAGGACGACGUCGGGCGCGCGGUCGCAGAGUGGGUCGGCGUCGCGAGCAAGAUUCACGCUUACUAGACGCUGGUCGUCGCCCUCGAGGACGUAGGUGGCGCCGCCCUCCUUCUUUCUCACCUUUCUCCCACCUCACAGACUGUCGGAGCGUCUUUACUAGAACGGAGCUGUAACGCGCACGUGCUGUCCC